GCGCGUAGCGGAGCCGGUGCCGUGCCGUGAGGUGUCCGCUCGCCAGCCCGCCCGCUCGCUUGCCGCCGCCAUGGCUCUCCUCCACACUCGCCGGCUCCUCGCCGCCCCCCGUUUCUUCACCGCCGCCGCUAACCGCGCCAGCUCCUGGUGGUCCCACGUGGAGAUGGGGCCCCCUGACCCCAUCCUGGGGGUGACAGAAGCUUACAAGCGUGACAGCAACCCCAAGAAGAUGAACCUGGGCGUGGGAGCCUACCGGGACGACAGCGGCAAGCCCUACGUGCUGAGCUGCGUCCGCAAGGCCGAGGCCAUGAUAGCAUCCAAGAAGAUGGACAAGGAGUACCUGCCCAUUGGGGGGCUGGCAGACUUCACCAGGGCCUCUGCAGAGCUGGCCCUGGGGGAGAACAGCGAAGCCUUCAAGAGCGGCCGGUAUGUCACUGUGCAGGGCAUAUCUGGGACUGGAUCCCUGCGAAUCGGAGCCAACUUCCUGCACCGCUUCUCCCGCGCCGGCCGCGACGUGUACCUGCCCAAGCCCUCCUGGGGCAACCACACGCCCAUCUUCCGCGACGCCGGCCUGCAGCUGCAGUCCUACCGCUACUACGACCCCGCCACCUGCAGCCUCGACUUCUCCGGCGCCAUGGACGACAUCGCCAGGAUUCCGGAGAAGAGCAUCAUCCUGCUGCACGCCUGCGCCCACAACCCCACCGGCGUGGACCCCCGCCAGGAGCAGUGGAAGGAGCUGGCAGCCACGGUGAAGAAGCGGAAGCUGCUGGUGUACUUCGACAUGGCCUACCAGGGCUUCGCCAGCGGCGACAUCAACCGCGACGCCUGGGCCGUGCGCUACUUCAUCGAGCAGGGCAUCAACGUCCUCCUGUCCCAGUCCUAUGCCAAGAACAUGGGGCUGUAUGGGGAGCGGGCCGGAGCCUUCACAGUGAUCUGCAGCGACGCCGAGGAGGCCAAGAGGGUGGAGUCGCAGCUGAAGAUCCUGAUCCGCCCCAUGUACUCCAACCCCCCGCUGAACGGAGCCCGCAUCGCCGCCGCCAUCCUCAACACGCCGGAGCUGCGCCAGGAGUGGCUGGUGGAGGUGAAGGGCAUGGCUGACCGCAUCAUCAGCAUGAGGACUCAGCUGGUGUCCAACCUGAAGAAGGAAGGUUCUUCCCACAACUGGCAGCACAUCACUGACCAGAUUGGCAUGUUCUGCUUCACAGGGCUGAAGCCUGACCAGGUGGACCGGCUGACCAAGGAGUUCUCCAUCUACAUGACGAAGGACGGGCGCAUCUCGGUGGCGGGGGUGACGUCGGGCAACGUCGGCUACCUGGCUCAUGCCAUCCAUCAAGUCACGAAGUAAAGGCACAGGUGGUGCCCUGGAGCUGGUGGCUUCCCCUGCCCUGCCCCACUGGCUGCAGCUGGGGAAGGAAAGGAGACAAACAGAACCCUUUGAGCCACGGCACCUGACGCUGCUGCUGAAUGUAUCCUGUAGAUGAGUUGUUGUAGAAGCCCUGUCCAGGCCACCCAGCCUUGUGGAGCAGGGACAUCCUUGCUGGCUCCUGCUCCUCACAGCCUUCUCCCUCUUGUCCAGCCCUUGUCUGUCAGCCCCAGCACCCAUCUUGCACUGGAGGAAGCAGACCCAGCCCUGCCACCCUUCCAGCAUGGGCACCAAAGGCUUCCCCACGCUGCUCCCUCCAGGAGGAGGCUUCGUGAGGCUGCUGCUGGCUGCCAGCCCAAAAGAGUGGGGAGCUGGCUGGGGAGGGCUGCUCACAACGGGUCCCUGCCUCCUCCUCGCUCAGUCCCUGCUGCCAGCAGGCUCCAGCCUCCUCCAGCCUCCCAGCCUGGCAGUGGGCAGUGCCAAAGCUGCCCUCCAACAGCCGGCUCAGAGGACUUCUCACUGCUAAAGUCUGCUCCAUCGCCGGCUUUGCUCUCUCCAUCUGGGCAGCUCCUUUCAGGUGGAAUUCAGGUGGGGGAGGGGUGGGGUGGCCAUGGCUUCCACCUCUAACCCUGCCUGGUUCUCCUGCUCCUCUCC